GCGCUCAUUGGGCGGAAAAAACAAAGGCAAGAAAGAGUUCUGGAACACUAUCACUGUUCACCUUUGCCUUUGCCAUUAAGGCAAGCACCUGCCUCUUUAAGCUCAGGGCAACAAGCUAAUUCUAACAUUUACAGUCACCCUUUUCAAUAUUCAAUUAAGCCAUGGCGUUGCAGUGGAUGAUUCUCACUUACGUGGUGGCAGCUGAGGCAGCCAUCGCCCUUCUCUUGACCCUCCCUACACCUAAACUUUUGAAGAAACGUUUCGUUUCUCUUAUUUCCAUUAUUCUUCAGCCGUGCCUCUUCGUCGUCCCCUUUUCUGCGUUUCAGCUUAUGGAUCUCUAUUGGAAGAACGAGCAUCGGUUGAUGUGUACCUCUGAGAUCUGCACGGCUGCUGAGCGAGAUCGAUAUGAGAAAUCUAUAUACAAAGCGCAAAAGAACGUGAUUCUGUGUGUCGCAGCAUGCCUUCUCUACUGGUGCAUCUACCGCAUCUGCAAAUAUUACGAAGAGAUUCAGAGUUUGGAGGAAGUAGAAAAGAGAUACAAGGAUAAGUAAACUUCUCACUGUUAGCCCAUCUUUUAAAUUUAGUGUAGAUGAAUGUGUCAUUUUACAAUCUUCUUUGCAAUGAAACUUAAGAUGACCUCCUGGAAUUAUGUCACAAAUUUCAUGUACUCUCUGUUUAAGUGUAUCUUUGUCUCGCGGACUGUUUUUUCUUGUGGCUCUAAAGCAGCCGCAGCCUGUUAUAAUUGAAGCUAAAGCAUGAAUAUAAUUUACCUUAAGAGUUUGUACAAUAAUUGAAGCUAAAGCAUGUACUCCGACCUCCCGGAAUUAUGUCACAAAUUUCAUGUACUCUCUGUUUUAAUUUGUAUUCCUAGUGACAUUUAAUUAUUGGCCUUAUUUUAAGAAUUGAUUUUGAUUCA